GUCAUAAUCAGCUGAUUUUUGUUUUGUAUUGCAAAAGCCGCAAAUUGUUGGCAAACACAAUCGUAAAAAAGGACAUGCGCCUUGUACCAUUAAAUGCGAGAAACACAAUUGAGGACUUCGAGAAGCGAUUAUAGGUUCGGGCUGCAACUUGAUAGGACGUGAAUUUGGAGCGGAUAAGUUUUGAGGUUUUUUUCACCAACACAACUAAUCAUUAUAGCAAGAAUAAACUCUAACAAGUAAUGGAUGAAUUCAAGAACAUAACAAACGCAUCGUCGGUAGUAAAGAUCUCAGCGUGCCUGGAAAAAAUUUUCAAGAAAAUCACCGAAAGUCGCGAAAAGAAAAUAUCAGAACAAAACAUUAAAGAAAUUGAGUUUUUAAAAACACAAUGCAAAUCGGAUAUUGUACAGCUGAGUCUAUUAAGCUCACAGACAUUUGUAAGGCUAGUGGAGGGUGGUGUUUUGGACGCCUCCAAUGUGCUAACCAUGCUAAUUUCCAUGCUGCCGAACUUUAGUUCCACGCAGUACACGACUAUAACGGAAGGAAUUGUCAGUAUUUUAUGGCUUGGCCUGAAGAGGAAAGUCGCUCUCUUGAAGGAAAAUGAAAACUUUCAAUGUCAAUUUGGCUUGAAAACGCAACAACAUCCACUUAUAACCUUGUUGCAAAGUUCCGCUGUGAACAUGAACGAUGUAGCCAAUAAGAUUGUAGGCAUUUGUAAUCAUCAUGAUCAACAGGUUAAAGCGCACAGUGUUGAGUAUUUGCGACCGGUCUUCCUUUACAUACUCUGCAACCCACAAACACUGCCCGAUUCAAAGAGCAUCUGGACUGGUCUAUUAUCUCUAAGUAAAACGAACAACGCUGCUAAACAACUUAUGCAAGAAAUUUUUUCUUGGAGUAAAUUCAACUCGUCGACAGCGUGCCUAUUCACCAGCAUAUUGUUAAUAGAAGCUAUCGAACACUGCCUAAACUGUAAUGAUUUUGCCACCGUUAUUGAUUUGAGCAUUUUUCAAGCGUUAAUUGUGAACAACCUCACAAAAUAUGGCAUUGAUCCACGUCCCAGUCUUCACUGUCUCCUGCUUGUGUUGCAUAGUACACGCGAGCACACUGUGCACCAUUACAAUGUUCUGCUCAUUUUGCUCGCCGAGAGUCUACAUUUGCUAUCUCCGAAUUAUCUACAUGAUUUGCUACGCAUAAUCGCGUUCAUUAUUGUGCAGGAAUGCUGUGGGAAUCAAUACAUUCUGAACAUGUGUCUCGAUGGUAUCAUCCAGUGGAUGUCUCAGACUGCAUUCAUACCCGCAGAAGGUCUGGCACUAGCCCAUCAAGUGGUACGCAAAAUACUUGAGCGACGAAAAGAAACGGAUUCGGUAGAAAAAACGAAAGUACACACGAGCGACUUGACGCCGGCACAAGUACGCUACUUCCAUCCAGAUAUUGCAAUUGCCUUCGAUUUGGCUAAACUUGUCGAAUCAUUUGAUGAAUCUGAAUUCAAAGAUGUUUUCACCUUUGUAGAUGCUCUUAAUGUAAAAGCGAACUCAAUGUUUUGCCAGCGUUUGCAUUUGUUUCUGCGCGCACUCUUCUUGUCGCAAGAACCGUCCAUAGAUUGCUGGUUUAAGAUUUAUGAAGCUAUAUUAGAGAUAAUCAAAGUUAAUAGUGGCAUUGCCUAUGAUUUUUUAAUGACAUAUAUAUUUAAAUUGGCUGGUGAGCAACAACCGGAAAUUCAAAUGGAGUUACUUCGCGGGCUACCAAGUUUUGCCGUGUCUAAGGAUAAUAUACCAAUGAUUUUAAAUACAGUACGAAAUCUUACAACCGAAAAUGGCACAUUUUGUAUGGAUCUCUAUCUGCGAUUGUGGCGCAUUGAGCCACGUACAUAUCUCUUUUUAAUUAAGUUGCUCUCAACACCACAGAAAGACAGUAGCAAGCUUUGGGAAUUCGAAAUAGCUAAGACACAUACCAUUCGAGAAAUUUGCUAUGAGAAACCUGCACAACACGGUUCCGAUUUGGUUUCAAAACUCUCCGACACACUAAACUCGUGCACUGAUGACUCUGGUGAUCUGGCCACAUCGUAUGCCCUGGACGCUAUUGUAGCGCUUUGUGAUAGUCACACUGUGAAUAUAAUUUCUACUUGGCGUGUAAUUAGUAGUAAAUUUAGACACGAACGUCGACCAAGGGCUCUAAAAUCGCUUUAUCGUUUCUUCGCACACAUACCGUUGCUGCAUACACCUACCCUCGAGUAUGAGCAAUUAGUUGACGAGGCGUUGGAACAACUGUGGUUGACUGUGAGUCGCUCCGAUUCCGAACCGGAAUUGCUGAGGGAAGCACUGGCUGCUUUAAAGAAUUUUGAAAUCGGUUCGCUACUUUCCAUGCGUCACAUACCUAUGCAAUAUCGUCAAGAUACACCAGGAGUUCGCGAGUUCGUUGGAGGUCGCGAGGUGGUUGACCUGCAGCAGGAAAUGGUGCCAGGCGAAGUUUGGGUACAUCUUCUGCAAAAAAUACGUCCCGAAUGUGGUGCCGCAGCCGCCGAUUUAAUUGCCCAUCAUAUAUACGCUGAAAUAAAUGGCUAUCGCAGUGGCGUUUACCGUUUACCUGAAGGCAAGCCGGAACCGCGCAAAUUGCAAGGACUCUUCCCACAAAGUCCAUUGCGUGCCGUAGUGAACUAUUUAGUGGGUCAAACACGAUUCGGCGAUCACGUAACAGAGCCUCACGUGGUAACAAAUGCACUAAGAGCAAUAUCAAAGAAGUUUCCAAAACCUAUUCCACCACUCGAUUGGUGUUUCCUUCACGGCUUUUUUCACCUCUCAUUUGAGGCAAGAAAAUAUUGCUUACUGAUCGCCAAGAAUCAAUUGCUGCACUCUGGCACCGCUCGACGAUUGCUGGAAAAUUUCUUGGUGGAUUUCGAACCGAAUUGUUUUGAAGAAGACUUGUUGCUAUUAUUCUCUUUGCUCCCAGAGAUUUCGAAUGGCGUUAGCUUGCAAAUUUUAAAGAACUUCGCCGAAAAAAUAGCCAUAUACAGUUUCAAGGAAUCACAACUAAGUGGUUUUACAGAAGGCUGCCUUUUUGAAAAGUUCAUAGACAGUGUGAAAUACAUAUUCUUAGGCAAAUGUGACAUCCCAGAAGUGCUCGAUAUAUUCACGCUGAUUAUUGAACGUUAUAUGGACUCUAUGGAUCUGGAUUCGAGGUUAUUUGAGCGAUAUACAGAAGUAGUAUCCGUUUUACACCCCAAUUCCAUUGAUGGUCUCACAUCGCCAGCCAAUUGGUGGGAAACGCCAAUUGGUAAACUGAAAAAGGCCACCAUUAUAAGGUGCUACUUAGUGUUAUAUAACACACAGUUGCCCAACCCAUUAAAGUGGCUUGCACCUAUCAUAGAUGCUUAUUCCACUCGUCGCGAGGAGCAACCAUUCUUCUUCCGUCACCUUGUUUCAACUUUAUAUGCCUUUAAAGGCGACGAACAGUCUUGUAACUGGAUUAUGGAAAUGUUUUUGCAAAUUCAAGCGCUCUUGGCUGAAUCGUCCAACAAAGAAAAAUUAGAUAAAGUUUUGUAUCUUUUAGAUAUUUUCAUUUUAGCUGUAGUUGUACUCUCCGGCUGCGCCAUUCUUCUUGGUAAUUUGGAUUCUGUAGCCACACAACGCAAAGAUCGCUUUGAACUUUUCCCAGAGAGUAUGCAAUUUCUGUGUGAGCAUAUAUUUUGGAAUGAUCAGGAAGCAAAAAUUUAUGAGUUUCUAUAUAAUCUGUACAAGAACAGUGCUAUUCCAGAAGCAUAUGCCACAAUUUUUAAGAAUGCUAUUAUCUGUUCCCGCAAUAAAUCAUAUUUCGACAACAAAGGCAUUUGGACAAAAUAUGUUGGAAUGCGAAAAUGACUUUUUGAAUUUUGCACAUAUCAAAAAUUGUAUGUAACUGGUGCCUAACAUCUGUGCCUUACUGAUUUUUACCUUUUGCAUAUUGCAUUGUAGCAGUAUUGAUAUUGGUAUAUACAUACAUAAUACAAAUGUAUAUAUGUAUGUGCACCAUUGUGGUUUUUUCUACAAAUGUAUGUUUUAAUUAAUAUUUUUCUUAAAAGGUUUUGACAGUGUUAUUACUCUUUUAUGUCUGUCAAACUCAGUGCAAAAUAAAAGUAGAAAGGAAAAAGUA